AUGGCAACUUCGCUGCGUUCAGCCCGCGUGCUCUUACAGUCCAAAGACGCAGUGCGAUGGCGCUCAAAAGACGCAGCAGCAACAAUCUUCGAGAGAAAUACCGACGCCGCAGAGGACUUUUACUACUACAGUGGAUUCCAGAAUGCACGAAACGGACGACGACAUCUCGACCUCACUGUCACGGCGCGACUGCGCGUCGACCCCCAAGCCGAUAUCCAACCCGAGCAUGCCCGCGCUGCGUGGGCUACGCUGCAGCAGAAAAACCCCGCCCUUGCGUCCUUCGUACACGGUUCGAAACGAAUAUACGUUACACUAGACUUGGAGCAUACGAAGAAGUGGCUGAACAAGACCUUUGUCGUGCUGCCGGAUGAGGAGGAGAUCACGCCGGAGCUGCUGGACAGUCUGCCCGCGACAGAUAUGCCGGCGAUGCACUUUUUACCAGACUCGAUGACGUUCGCCCUGCGGACGCCGCAGCAUCUGAUGGAUGCGCUGGGCGCGGUUAUGCUGAUGAAUGACUUUCUUGCGGAGAUGAGCAGGGCGCUGCUAGGGGAUAUCGACACGCAAGACGAUCAGCCAGUCGAGCUGGCGUGCAGCCUUAAAGAAGCCGCCUCUUUACCAUCAGCAUCAAUAUCACAGCGCGCUCGUCUUUGGAAUAUCCGCCGUCGGUGGCUGCGCAGUUACCCUACCGUGGGCGUCGUGCCGGACCAGGAGAGCCCUCAGUCAGGACUCUCUUCGUGGCACGACCUGGAGUACACACCAGCCGAGACGAAGGAGAUCAUUGCAAAGGCGAAGAAACACAAAAUGUCGGUGACGCAUGUAAUCCAUGCCGGAGUCGCCUUUGCAGCGAAGGAGUACGGCCCGUUUCAGCUUACUAGGAAUUAUAAUACGAUCAUUCUUGUGGAUAUGCGCCGGCGCUUCACGGACGAGCCGGCACGGCAGCGAGACGCCCUCUCCCCGCAGCACGCGAUGUGGCCGGUCUCGGUCCAGGUGACGAGUUUUUGGAAGACAGCGGAGAUUUUGAAGAACGAAUAUCAGGAGCUCGUCAAGGACCCGGACCUGCCGGCGCUGGUUGAGCCUGUCUUUGCGGAGACGAUACCCGGUGCAUCUUCGUCGUGCCCGACCUUCCACAGCGCGCCGAUAUUUGGCAACUGUGGCCGGAUUGACGACCGGCUAGAGUCCGCAUAUGAUGGCUUCGCGGUGGACGACUUUUCGAUCUCGACCGAGUGCUCGGGUGAGGAGAUCGUCAUGGCCGUGUGGACGUACCAGGGGAAGCUCCGGAUCCGGGCCAUGUUCAACGAGGGAUAUCACAGCGCGAAGAGCAUCGAGCAGUACAUGUGGCGGACGGAGGUGGCUCUCAAGGAUGGGCUGGGGGUGGGCAAGGUGCACAGCUGGUGGCCAUAA